GACAGGUGGGGAGACAGCCACAGCGCCAGCGCCAGGUUGGGCUGCCCGCUGCGCCUCUCCUCCACCCGCAGCGCAGACACACACUCCUCCGACUGUUUCCUAGUAAACAUCGGCUGAGAGGUGGCUGUUUUCCGGUCAAGAUGAGUAUGUACGGGUCUCAGAAGGGCCUGAACAUGGGCCGCAGGGCCAGUUCCAGAGGCGAUCUGACCAGAGAGGGAACCUAUUACGCACGGAGCGAAGUGAUGCAUGGAGGCGGUAAUGGAUACGACCCCUACAUGGAUGGAUACAACACCUACACCUUUUCAAAGGGCUCUUCUAUGAGAGUGCCACAAGAAAUGGGAAGCGGCACGGGGGGCGGAAUGCCAACAGGAAUGAGUGGCUCCAGUCUCAACGCCAUCCACCAGAAGGCCAUGAUUCUGCAGGGCCAGUGCCAGGAAUACCUGAAGAAAGCUGAAUACACCCUUCAGUCUGGCAGUGGAGAUGCAGAGCGCUACAUGGCAAUGGCCAAAGAGACGAUAGAGCAGCUGAAGGCCUGUGGGAUGGACCUGAGACAGAUGGGACAACCCAGCGACAAUAUAUUCAGGACUUUAGAGAUGUGUAAGGAUCAGCUGAGGGGCGUCCACAUGGCCAUGACCGGGUCCGUCCGCCGCAGGAAGAGCACCAGAGUGAGUUCUGGACCCUGGGAGGAGGCAGGACGGAGCUUUAACGAUGCCAUGGGCUGGAUCGCACAGCAGAAGCGUUUGAUUGAAACAGCUUCCUGGGGAGAUGAUCCUUCAACCAUAGAUCAGCAGCUCGUCAGCCAUCAGAAGUUUCACAGCUCCAUCCAGAGGAGUGUGGAGGUGGACCGAGCCCGGGACGAACUGGUCAAGAAUGGAGACAAGGCCAGCCUUCAUGCUCUGGAUCAGGAGUGGGAUAGUCUCCAACAAUUUUCCUGCGCUCGGACACAGCAACUGAGAGACUUCAUGCAAAUCAUUCAAGAAAUCUCCAAAGAAAUCAUGUGGGUGAAUGACAGGGAGGAAGAGGAGCUGAUGUUCGACUGGGGAGACAAAAAUAUCGACCAGUACAUCCCGAGGAAACAGGAGAGCUACUCGAAACUGAUGAGUGCACUGGAGGACAAAGAGAAGCAACUGAAUAAACUGAAAGCCAAAGUGGACAGUCAGCUGAAGAGCAACCACCCGGCUUCGGACAAGAUAGAGGCUUACAGGGACACACUGCAGACUCAGUGGAGUUGGCUCCUGCAAAUUACCAAGUGUAUUGACGUCCAUCUCAAGGAAAAUGCAGCGUACAGCCAGUUCUUCAGGGAGGCUAAUGAGACGUACAGCGCCCUGCAGAAGAGGCACGAGGCGGUCCGUAAGAAUUUUCCCUGUGACAAGAACACUCCACUGGAGAACCUGCAGGAACUCCUAAAGGGACUGGAGAGAGAAAGAGACAAGAUCAUGGAAAACAAGAGGCAGGUUCAACAUCUGGUCAGUAAGUCGAAGAGCAUCGUGAGGCUGAAGCCCAGGAACCCAGAUGAGAAGAGCAGCAGCCCCAUCAUCGUCAAAGCCUUGUGUGACUUUAAACAAGACCAGAAAGUGAUUCUUAAGGACAAUGAGGGGAUCCUGAAGGACAACAGUCAGCGCAGUAAAUGGCAUGUGACCGGCCCAGGAGGACUUGACAUGUUGGUGCCUUCUGUGUGUCUGAUGAUACCACCACCCAACCCAAUCAGCAUCAGCCUGGCCAACAAGAAUGAGCAGUACUAUGAGGCCAUCAUGUCAAUCUGGAAUCAGCUUUACAUCAACGUUAAGAGUCUCAUCGCCUGGCAGUACUGUCUGUUGGACAUCAAACGCAUCAACUCUCUCACCAUGACCAUGCUGUCCAAGAUGAGUCAAGAGGAGUAUCGCCAGAUCAUCAGGAGUAUGGAGACUCACUACGAGGAGUUCAAAAAGACCUCCAAGGGCUCCCAGAUGUUUGCUGAGGAGGACAGGAAGGUUAUAGAGAACCAGUUCACCGGAGCCCAGGCCCAUUAUGACAAACUGGUGGUGCAGCUGCCAAGCUACGUUGGUGGAGAAGAAGUAGAAGAAAUAGAAGAAAUAGAAGAAGAGGAAGUAGUUGAAGUGCAGCAACAGCAAGUUGUCGAACUGCAGCACCAGCCAACAAUGGUUGAGGUUCAGCAUCAACAAGUAGUCCAGCUUCAGCACCAGCCAGUAGUACAGCAGCCGCAUUUUAUCAUAAUCCAACCUCAGCAGCAGCAGCUACAUCUUCUGCAACUGCAGCACCAGCAGCAGAUACAACUACAGCAGCAGCAGCUUCAGCUGCAGCAGCAGCAAGCAGCUGAAGAAGAGGCCAUCAGGGUUGAAGAGGCCCGGAUACUCGAAGAGACCCGAAUACUCGAAGAGACCCGGAGACUCGAAGAAGCCCGGAUACUCGAAGAGACCCGGAAACUUGAAGAGGCCCGGAGACUUGAGGAGGCCCGGAAACUCGAAGAAACCCGGAGAUUCGAAGAAGAAAGGCGGAGAGCUGAAGAAGAAAGGCGGAGGGUCGAAGAAGCCCGGAGACGGGAAGAAGUCCGGAGACUCGAAGAAGAAAGGCGGAGGCUCGAAGAAGAAAGGCGGAGAGCUGAAGAAGCAAGACUGAGAGCCGAAGAAGAAAGACGGAGAGCUGAGCUGAGAAAACAGGCGGAAAGGAAGGAGCAAGUGAUCAAGAGAGAAACAGUUAAAGUGACGAAGGCGGAGCCUGUGAGGAGGAAGGUGCUGCUGUCCUCAUCAUCCUCUUCCUCCUCCAUAUCCUCCUCCCAGAGUUUAUCAGACCUGCAUUCUCUCAGACUGAGGCUGGAGGCCGCCGAGGGCACGCUCAGUCAACACCUUCACGUCUCUAUAGGAGACGACAGCGUGCACGACUGUGGCCUCAAGAUCACACAGUUAGAGAUGGUGCAGCGCGACGUCGACUUAAUGCGUGACGAGUAUCUCCGCCUGAGGGAUCGCAUUUUGAGGGAGCUGGAAACCAUUAGUGAUUCAGACAAAGCCCAGUUCCUUCGCAGUGAGAUUGGAGUCAUCAGCCAAAGAUUGGCCAGUCUGGAGAGCAGCUCAUCGGCUUACGUGAUGCGUAUUCGGGCUUUAAGGGAUCUGCUGCAGAGUCUGGCUCGGGCUGAGGAUACAGUGAAAGUUUAUGAAGCCAGACUGACAGAGAAGGAAACAACCUCUCUGCAGCCUAGUGAAGUGCAACAUUACAUGACAACCCUGGAGGCUAUUAAAGCAGAGCUGGAUCAGAAGAGGGAUGUUCUGGCGGCCAUGGAGGCGGAGCUGACCAAGGCAACCCACUGGAACUGCCAGGUGGGCGGGCCUUUCCACAGGUGUGACAUGAUGCUGUCCAAAUACACCGAACAGGUCAGCCUGCUGUCGGACCGCUGGAAACGAAUCCAGGGACAGAUUGACACCAGAAUCCAAGAUCUGGAGGUCUAUCUUCCUCAGCUGCAACAUUACCAGCAAGUCAGCACCUCUCUCAGCGACUGGAUUGAUAUCACAAGGAAGAAACAGGAUGCAUUGCAAGCUACAAAGAUCGAAAGCGUCCAAGCUCUGAAAACCCAUAUUAGCAACCAGAAGGCUCUGAACUCAGAAAUCAAAUCACGGAGGGAAACAUUAGAUGGUGUGCUGAGGGACAAUGAGGCCUGUGUCAACUCUAUUAAAGACUAUGAAACAGACCUUGCAUCUUACAGCUCUGGUUUAGAGACUCUGCUCAACAUCCCCAUUAAGAGGACAAUGCUGAAGUCACCAUCAGUGGAUCUUAACCAGGAGGCAACACAUCUACAAACUCGUUACAUGGAGUUGCUCACUUUAUCUGGUGACUACAACAAAUUCCUAGGAGACCUGCUCAAAAACAUGGAGGAGCUUAAGAUUCGAAACACAAGGAUUGACCUGUUAGAAGAAGAACUUCGCUUGCUGAAAGACGAUCUUGAUGACCGUAAUACCAAGAACAAAUCGCUAGAAGAUGCUGUCUCUCGUUACCAGCUGGAGCUAUCACAGGCUCAGGAGCAGCUGCUGUCAGUGGAGGAUGUGAAGCAAAAGACAGUUCUUCAGUGCAGUGCCACCAAAGAGAGCCUUGACUCCACUCAAAGCCAGCUGUCAGACCUCAAUGAUGAGGUGACCCGCCUUAACUACCUGCUUGAGGAAGAGAAGAGGAAGAAAAGGCUGGCAGAGGAGCGUUACACUCAGCAGCAGGAGGAGUAUGAGGGGGUGCUGAGGAAGAGGCAGAAGGAGCUUGAGACCGUUAGCCGGUCCAAGAUGGAGAUAGAGAAGAGCGUGGCAAAUAAAGAUCAUGAGAUUGAGCAGCUGCAGCGGCAGCUGGAGGAGGAAGCAGCGAGGAUCAAGGAGCUACAGAAGGAGAUGUCAAAGACAACAGCUCUGGUGAAAUCCCUUCAGUCACAGUAUAAUGAUAUUGUGAGUGAGAGAGAUGCUCUUCUCAAGAAACUGCAUAUAUCAGAAAAAGACAAAAGUCGCAUGCAAAGACUAGAGGAGGAUCUUGCUCAUAUGAAACUAUCACUAGAUUCUGAGCUUCGAAAUAAACAACGUUUACAAGAGGACCAUGACAGAGUGAAGAGGGAUGUGAGUUACUGGAAGGACCAACAUGAUAGUAAGCAGAGUGUGAUGAGACAGUAUGAUUCAGACAAGGAGCGUCUGGAGAGAGAAAAGAACUCUUUGAAAAGUGAGGUAGAGCGGCUGAUGAGAGAACUCAGGGAGCUUGAGGACACAUAUAAAAGUAGGCUGUCUACACUCCAGAAGGAAGUAAAAGAAGUUACUGUGGUCAGACAAACCAUGGAGACUGAGCUGAAGAAGGCUAGAGAGCCCCCAACCUUGGAUCCCAACACCUUGAUUUUUGAUGGUGUCCGCAAACCAGUAACAGCAAAGGACUUGCUUGACUGUGAUGUGUUGGAUAAACCAACAUUUAACCAACUUGUAAAGGGGAAUAAGACAGUGCCUGAAGUAUCUGUUGACAAAAAGGUCAAUCUCAAAGGAACAGGCCCGAUAGCUGGUGUGGUGAUUGAAAGUCCAAAAGGUCCACGAUCUAUUAAAGAACCUCUGAACAAAAUGACUUUCACUGAAGCAAAGAAGGCAAAUCUCCUUCCACCCGAUAGUGUUGAUCUGUUACUGGAUGCUCAGGCUGCCACAGGACACAUCAUUGAUCCUAGAACUAAUCAGAAGUUGACAGUUGAGGAGGCAUGUAAUCAAGGUGUAGUUGAUGAUGAGGACAAAGAAAGGUUACUUGCAGCAGAGGCGGCUGCUAUAGGAUAUGGUGGUCCUGGCAGAAGCAAGCCUCUUUCCGUAUUUCAGGCCAUGAGAAAAGGAUUGAUUGACAAGAACACAACUCUGCGUCUGUUACAAGCUCAGGAGUCAGUUGGGGGAAUUUUAGAUCCAAUCCUUAGUGUGUUUCUUCCCAAAAACACUGCCAUUGAGCGUGAUCUGAUCAAUGAUGACAUAUACCGAGCUCUGAAUCAGAGGCCUGAACUCUACCUAGACCCAGAAAGUGAGGAGGGUACAACCUACAUGGCAAUGAAGAGAAGGUGCAAGGUGGAUCCACACACAGGCCUACUGCUUCUUCCUGUCCCUGAAAAACUUGACCCAUCCAAAUUGAUAUUUGAGGGGGUUCGGAAACCUGUCACGCACAAGCAGUUGCUUGAUUGUGGUGUUCUAGACAAGCCCACAUUUAAAGAUCUAGAAAAGGGGAAAAAGUCUGUUCCAGAGGUGUCUGCAGACAAAAUUGUCAGUUUAAAGGGGACUGGGCCAAUUGCUGGGGUUAUAGCAGGAAAUCAAGACAAAAUGUCUUUGUCAGAAGCUAAAAAAGAAAUGCUCUUACCAUCAGAUAUUGCAGAUUUGCUACUGGAAGCUCAGGCUGCUACAGGCCACAUCAUUGACCCCAAAACCAAUAAAAAGUUGACAGUAGAAGAGGCAUGUGCUAAAGGAGUGGUGGAUAGAAGUGAUCGAGACAGAUUACUGGCAGCAGAAGCCGCUGCUGUAGGUUACAAAGACCCCAAUUCAGCCAAGCCUCUCUCUGUAUUUGAGGCCAUGAAAAAGGGACAAAUUGACAAUAAGACUGGUCUACGUCUUCUGCAGGCCCAGGAAUCUGUUGGAGGAAUUUUAGAUCCAAAUCUCAGUGUGUUCCUCCCCCAUGACACAGCUAUUAAGCGCAAUCUUCUGGACAAAAUGACUCAGCGUGCUCUAAACCAAAAUCCUGAGUGUUAUAUUGACCCAGAAACUGAACAAGAGGUCAGCUAUGACGCAUUAAAGAAAACAUGCAAGAAAGAGCCUCACACAGGACUGCUACUUUUGCCUAUCACAGAAAAGCUACACCCUUCCAAACUAGUAUUUGAUGGUGUUCGGAAACCUGUCACAUCCAAGCAGCUACUUGAUUGUGGUGUUUUAGAUAAGCCCACAUUUAAAGAUCUAGAAAAGGGGAAGAAAUCUGUCCCUGAGGUGUCUGUAGACAAAAAGGUCAAUCUUAAAGGGACAGGGCCAGUUGCUGGAGUUAUAGCUGGAAAUAAAGGCAAAAUGUCUUUGUCAGAGGCCAAGAAACAAAUGCUUUUACCAUCAGACAUUGCAGAUCUACUACUGGAUGCUCAGGCUGCCACAGGUCACAUCAUUGACCCCACAACCAACAAGAAGCUGACAGUAGAAGAGGCAUGUGCCAAAGGGGUUGUAGACAUGAGAGACAGAGACAGAUUACUGGCAGCAGAGGCAGCUGCUGUAGGCUACAAAGAUCCUAGUUCGACUAAGCCUCUCUCAGUGUUUGAAGCCAUGAAGAAGGGAAAAAUUGACAAUAACACUGGGCUACGUCUUCUACAGGCCCAGGAAUCUGUUGGAGGAAUUUUGGAUCCAAAUCUCAGUGUGUUCCUCCCCCAUGACACUGCUAUUAAACGCAAACUUUUGGAUGACGACACACAGCAUGCUCUAAACCAAUGUCCUGAGUGCUACAUUGACCCAGAAACAGAACAAGAUGUCACCUAUGACAAUUUAAAGAAAAGAUGUAAGACAGAGCCUCACACUGGCCUGCUUCUUUUGCCCAUCACUGAGAAGCUAGACCCUUCCAAACUAAUAUUUGAUGGUGUGCGUAAGCCAGUCACAGCACAAAAAUUACUUGACUGCGGAGUCCUAGAUAAGCCAACAUUUAACCAACUCAUAAAAGGGGAGAAAACUGUGCCAGAGGUUUCUGAAGAAAAAAAGGUCUUUCUAAAAGGAACUGGAUCAAUUGCUGGUGUGGCAGCUGGACCCUUAGGAAAAAUGUCUUUAUCAGAGGCAAAAAAACAGAAGCUCAUGCUCCCAGACAGUGCAAAUUUGCUACUAGAUGCCCAGGCUGCAACAGGUCACAUCAUUGACCCAACAACCAACCAGAAGCUCACAGUAGAUGAGGCAUGUGCCAAAGGAGUGGUGGACACUCGGGAUCGAGAAAGGCUCUUAUCAGCUGAAGCUGCUGCUGUUGGCUACCGGGAUUCUAGGACAGCCACACCUCUAUCAGUGUUUGAGGCUAUGAAAAAGAAAAUUAUUGAUGAAAAAACUGGGUUACGUCUUUUGCAGGCUCAGGAGUCUGCAGGGGGCAUACUAGAUCCCAUCCUUAGUGUGUUCCUCCCUAAAGACACAGCUAUAAAACGCAAUCUUUUGGAUGAUACCAUUUGUAAGGCCUUGAAACGGAGUCCAAAAUGUUACAUUGAUCCAGACACUGAGGAUGAUAGUACUUAUGGGGAUUUGAGAAGAAAAAGCAAAGUAGAUUCUCCCACAGGCCUGAUACUUUUGCCAAUAAACGAAAGGAAAGAUCCAUCACAACUUUUCUUUGAUGGGGUCCGCAAGCCAGUCUCUGCAAAACAGCUAUUUGAAUCUGGAGUGCUUGACAAACCAACAUUAAAUGAGUUAGUUAGAGGUGAGAAAACUCUUCCAAAGGUUGCUGAGGAAAAGAAGAUCUAUCUAAAGGGGACUGGCUCCAUUGCUGGAGUGAUAGCUGGGAAAGAAGGAAAAUUGUCAUUUUCUGAAGCAAAGAAAAAGACUCUGCUGUCCCAGGAAAUUGCAGAUUUAUUAUUAGAAGCUCAGGCUGCAACAGGUCACAUCAUUGACCCGAAAAACAAUCAGAAGUUAACAGUAGAAGAGGCCUGUUCCAAAGGAGUAGUGGAUAUAAGAGAUCGAGACAAAUUAUUGGCAGCAGAGGCAGCUGCUGUGGGCUACAAAGAUCCCACUUCAGUGAAACCUCUUUCAGUAUUUGAAGCCAUGAAAAAAGGACUAAUUGACAAUACCACUGGCGUACGUCUAUUACAAGCCCAGGAGUCUGCUGGGGGCAUUUUGGAUCCGAAUCUGAGUGUAUUCCUCCCUAAAGAUACAGCUAUUAAACGGAAUCUACUGGAUGAAAACACCCGUAAUGCUUUAGACCAGAGUCCAAAAUGUUACUUUGAACCAGAAACUGAGCAGGAUAUGACCUAUGGGGCAUUAAAGGAAAAAUGCACCACAGAACCUAAAACAGGCCAGAAACUGUUACAUAUCUCUGAGAAGAUUGAUCCCUCAAAACUGAUCUUUGAUGGUGUUCGUAAGCCAGUGACAGCAGAGGAGUUACUGGAUUGUGGCAUCCUGGAUAAACCAACACUUAACAAACUAAUGAAGGGAGAGAAAACCAUCCCAGAGGUUUCUGAGGAAAAGAAGGUCUUCUUAAAAGGCACUGGUUCAAUUGCUGGUGUGGAAGCUGGACCUUCAAGGGCAUUGUCCUUUACAGAGGCAAAGAAACAAAAAAUGGUGUCUCCUGACAGUGCUGACAUGCUUUUGGAAGCCCAGGCAGCCACUGGUCACAUCAUUGACCCGACAAAAAAUCAGAAGUUAACAGUAGAAGAGGCAUGUUCGAAAGGAGUAGUGGAUAUAAGAGAUCGAGACAAAUUAUUGGCAGCAGAGGCAGCUGCUGUGGGCUACAAAGAUCCCACUUCAGUGAAACCUCUUUCAGUAUUUGAAGCCAUGAAAAAAGGACUAAUUGACAAUACCACUGGCGUACGUCUAUUACAAGCCCAGGAGUCUGCUGGGGGCAUUUUGGAUCCGAAUCUGAGUGUAUUCCUCCCUAAAGAUACAGCUAUUAAACGGAAUCUACUGGAUGAAAACACCCGUAAUGCUUUAGACCAGAGUCCAAAAUGUUACUUUGAACCAGAAACUGAGCAGGAUAUGACCUAUGGGGCAUUAAAGGAAAAAUGCACCACAGAACCUAAAACAGGCCAGAAACUGUUACAUAUCUCUGAGAAGAUUGAUCCCUCAAAACUGAUCUUUGAUGGUGUUCGUAAGCCAGUGACAGCAGAGGAGUUACUGGAUUGUGGCAUCCUGGAUAAACCAACACUUAACAAACUAAUGAAGGGAGAGAAAACCAUCCCAGAGGUUGCCGAAGAAAAGAAAGUCUUCUUAAAGGGCACUGGUUCGAUUGCCGGUGUGGAAACUGGACCCUCUAGGGCAUUGUCCUUUACAGAAGCAAAGAAACAAAAAAUGGUGUCUCCUGACAGUGCUGACAAGUUAUUGGAGGCCCAGGCAGCCACAGGUCACAUCAUUGACCCCAAAAACAAUCAGAAGCUAACAGUAGAAGAGGCAUGUUCCAAAGGAGUCGUGGAUAUAAGAGAUCGAGACAAAUUAUUGGCAGCAGAAGCAGCUGCUGUGGGCUACAAAGAUCCCACUUCAGGUAAACCUAUUUCAGUAUUUGAGGCCAUGAAGAAAGGACUAAUUGACAGUAAGACAGGUCUGCGUCUCUUGCAGGCCCAGGAGUCUGCUGGAGGUAUUUUGGAUCCCAUUCGUAGUGUGUUCCUCCCAAAAGAUGAAGCUAUCAAACGCAAUAUUUUGGAUGAAAAGACCCGUAACGCUUUAAAACAAAGUCCAAAAUCUUACAUUGAUCCAGAAACUGAGCACGAUGCGACCUACGAGGAUUUAAAGGAAAAAUGCACAACAGAUCCUAAAACAGGCCAGAAACUGCUGAAAAUCUCAGACAAGAUUGAUCCCUCAAACCUGAUCUUUGAUGGCGUUCGUAAGCCAGUCAAAGCAGAGGAGUUACUGGAUUGUGGCAUCCUGGAUAAACUAACAUUUAAUAAACUAAUAAAAGGAGAGAAAACCAUCCCAGAGGUUGCUGAAGAAAAGAAAGUCUUCUUAAAGGGCACUGGUUCAAUUGCCGGUGUGGAAACUGGACCCUCUAGGGCAUUGUCCUUUACAGAGGCAAAGAAACAAAAAAUGGUCUCUCCUGACAGUGCUGACAAGUUAUUGGAGGCCCAGGCAGCCACAGGUCACAUCAUAGACCCCAAAAACAAUCAGAAGCUAACAGUAGAAGAAGCCUGUUCCAAAGGAGUAGUGGAUAUACGGGAUCGAGACAAAUUAUUGGCAGCAGAAGCAGCUGCUGUGGGCUACAAAGAUCCCACUUCAGGUAAACCUAUUUCAAUAUUUGAGGCCAUGAAGAAAGGACUAAUUGACAAUAAGACUGGGCUGCGUCUUUUACAGGCUCAGGAGUCUGCUGGAGGUAUUUUGGAUCCUGUUCGCAGUGUAUUCCUCCCAAAAGAUGAAGCUAUCAAACAAAAUCUUUUGGAUGAACCGACCCGUAACGCUUUAAAACAAAGUCCAAAAUCUUACAUUGAUCCAGAAACUGAGCAUGAUGCGACCUAUGAGGAUUUAAAGGAAAAAUGCACAACAGAUCCUAAAACAGGCCAGAAACUGCUGAAAAUCUCAGACAAGAUUGAUCCCUCAAACCUGAUCUUUGAUGGUGUUCGUAAGCCAGUCAAAGCAGAGGAGUUACUGGAUUGUGGCAUCCUGGAUAAACCAACUUUUAAUAAACUAAUAAAAGGAGAGAAAACCAUCCCAGAGGUUGCUGAAGAAAAGAAAGUCUUCUUAAAGGGCACUGGUGCAAUUGCGGGUGUGGAAACUGGACCUUCUAAAGCAUUGUCCUUCACAGAGGCAAAGAAACAAAAAAUGGUGUCUCCUGACAGUGCUGACAAGUUAUUGGAGGCCCAGGCAGCCACAGGUCACAUCAUAGACCCCAAAAACAAUCAGAAGCUGACAGUAGAAGAGGCCUGUUCCAAAGGAUUAGUGGACAUAAGGGAUCGAGACAAAUUAUUGGCAGCAGAAGCAGCUGCUGUGGGCUAUAAAGAUCCCACUUCAGGUAAACCUAUUUCAGUAUUUGAGGCCAUGAAGAAAGGACUAAUUGACAAUAAGACUGGGCUGCGUCUUUUGCAGGCCCAGGAGUCUGCUGGAGGUAUUUUGGAUCCUAUUCGCAGUGUAUUCCUCCCAAAAGAUGAAGCUAUCAAACAGAAUCUUUUGGAUGAAAAGACCCGAAACGCUUUAAAGCAAAGUCCAAAAUCUUAUACUGAUCCUGAAACUGAGCAUGAUGUGACCUACGAGGACUUAAAGGAAAAAUGCACAAUAGAUCCUAAGACAGGCCAGAAAUUGCUGAAAGUCUCAGAAAAGAUCGAUCCCUCAAACCUGAUCUUUGAUGGUGUUCGUAAGCCUGUCACAGCAGAGGAGUUACUGAAUUGUGGCAUCCUGGAUAAACCAACAUUUAUUCAACUAAUGAAGGGAGAGAAAACAAUCCCAGAGGUUUCUGAGGAAAAGAAAGUGUUUUUAAAAGGCACUGGUUCAAUUGCAGGUGUGGAAGCUGGACCUUCAAGGGUAAUGUCCUUUACAGAGGCAAAGAAACAAAAGUUGGUCUCUCCUGACAGUGCUGACAAGUUAUUGGAGGCCCAGGCAGCCACAGGUCACAUCAUUGACCCUAAAAACAAUCAGAAGCUAAUAGUCGAAGAGGCCUGUUCCAAAGGAGUAGUGGAUAUAAGAGAUCGAGAUAAAUUACUGGCAGCAGAGGCAGCUGCUGUGGGCUACAAAGAUCCAACUUCAGCCAAACCUCUUUCAGUAUUUGAGGCCAUGAAGAAAGGACUGAUUGACAAUAAGACUGGGCUGCGUCUCUUACAGGCCCAGGAAUCUGCUGGAGGCAUUUUGGAUCCCAUUCGCAGCGUGUUUCUCCCAAAAGAAGAAGCUAUCAAACAAAAUCUUUUGGAUGAAAAGACCUGUGGUGCUUUAAAACAAAGUCCAAAAUCUUACAUUGAUCCAGAAACUGAGCAUGAUGUGAGCUAUGAGGAUUUAAAGGAAAAAUGCACAACGGAUCCUAAAACAGGCCAGAAACUGCUGAAAGUCUCAGAGAAGAUUGAUCCUUCAAAACUUAUAUUUGAUGGUGUUCGAAAGCCAGUCACAGCAGAGGAAUUAUUGGAUUGUGGCAUCCUGGAUAAACCAACAUUUAACAAACUAAUGAAGGGAGAGAAAACCAUCCCAGAGGUUGCUGAGGAAAAGAAGGUCUUUUUAAAAGGCACUGGUUCAAUUGCUGGCGUGGAAACUGGACCUUCAAAGGCAAUGUCCUUUACAGAGGCAAAGAAACAAAAAAUGGUGUCUCCUGACAGUGCUGACAAGUUAUUGGAGGCCCAGGCAGCCACAGGUCAUAUCAUUGAUCCUAAAAACAAUCAGAAGCUAACAGUAGAAGAGGCCUGUUCCAAAGGAGUAGUAGAUAUAAGAGAUCGAGACAAAUUAUUGGCAGCAGAGGCAGCUGCUGUGGGCUACAGAGACCCUACUUCAGCCAAGCCUCUUUCAGUAUUUGAGGCCAUGAAGAAAGGACUAAUUGAUGAUAAAACUGGGCUCCGUCUCUUACAGGCCCAGGAGUCUGCUGGAGGCAUUUUGGAUCCAAUUCGCAGCGUGUUUCUUCCAAAAGAUGAAGCUAUCAAACACAAACUUCUAGAUGAAAAGACCUAUAAUACUUUAAAACAAAGCCCAAAAUCUUACAUUGAUCCUGAAACUGAGCAUGAUGUCAGCUAUGAGGAUUUAAAGGAAAAAUGCACCACAGAGCCUAAAACGGGCCAGAAACUGCUCAAAAUCUCUGAGAAGAUCAAUCCCUCAAACCUGAUCUUUGAUGGUGUUCGUAAGCCAGUCAAAGCAGAGGAGUUACUGGAUUGUGGCAUCCUGGAUAAACCAACAUUUAAUAAACUAAUAAAAGGAGAGAAAACCAUCCCAGAGGUUGCUGAGGAAAAGAAGGUCUUCUUAAAGGGCACUGGUUCGAUUGCUGGUGUGGAAGCUGGACCUUCAAAGGCAAUGUCCUUUACAGAGGCAAAGAAGCAAAACUUGCUGUCUCCUGACAGUGCUGACAAGUUAUUGGAGGCCCAGGCAGCAACAGGCCACAUUAUUGAUCCCAAGAACAAUCAGAAACUAACAGUAGAAGAGGCAUGUUCCAAAGGAGUAGUGGAUAUAAGAGAUCGAGACAAAUUAUUGGCAGCAGAGGCAGCUGCUGUGGGCUACAAAGAUCCUGUUUCAGCUGAGCCUCUUUCAGUAUUUGAGGCCAUGAAGAAAAAACUAAUUGAUAAUAAGACAGGACUGCGUCUCUUGCAGGCCCAGGAGUCUGCUGGAGGCAUUUUGGAUCCCAUUCACAGCGUGUUCCUCCCAAAAGAUGAAGCAAUCAAACGCAAUCUUUUGGAUGAAAAGACAUGUAAUGCUUUAAAACAAAGCCCAAAAUCUUACAUUGAUCCAGAAACUGAACGUGAUGUGAGCUAUGAGGAUUUAAAGGAAAAAUGCACAACGGAUCCUAAAACAGGCCAGAAACUGCUGAAAGUCUCAGAGAAGAUCGAUCCCUCAAACCUGAUCUUUGAUGGUGUUCGUAAGCCAGUCAAAGCAGAGGAGUUACUGGAUUGUGGCAUACUGGAUAAACCAACAUUUAAUAAAUUAAUAAAGGGUGAGAAAAGCAUCCCAGAGGUUGCUGAGGAAAAAAAGGUUUUCUUAAAGGGCACUGGUUCAAUUGCAGGUGUGGAAGCUGGACCUUCAAGGGCAAUGUCGUUCACAGAGGCAAAGAAACAAAAACUCAUGUCCCCUGACAGUGCUGACAAGUUGUUGGAGGCCCAGGCAGCAACAGGCCACAUUAUUGACCCCAAAAACAAUCAGAAGCUAACAGUAGAAGAGGCAUGUUCCAAAGGAGUAGUGGAUAUAAGAGACCGGGACAAAUUAUUGGCAGCAGAAGCAGCAGCUGUGGGCUACAAAGAUCCUGUUUCAGCUGAGCCCCUUUCAGUAUUUGAGGCCAUGAAGAAAGGACUAAUUGACAAUAAGACUGGGCUGCGCCUCUUGCAGGCCCAGGAGUCUGUUGGUGGCAUUUUGGAUCCCAUUCGCAGUGUGUUCCUCCCAAAAGAUGAAGCUAUCAAACGCAAUAUUUUGGAUGAAAAGAUCCGUACUGCUUUAAAACAAAGUCCAAAAUCUUACAUUGAUCCUCAAACUGAGCAUGAUGUGAGCUAUGAGGACUUAAAGGAAAAAUGCACCACAGAUCCUAAAACAGGCCAGAAACUGCUCAAAGUCUCAGAGAGGAUCGAUCCUUCAAAACUGAUCUUUGAUGGUGUUCGUAAGCCAGUCACAGCAGAAGAGUUACUGGAUUGUGGCAUCCUGGAUAAACCAACAUUUAACAAAUUAUUAAAGGGAGAGAAAACCAUCCCAGAGGUUGCUAAGGAAAAGAAAGUCUUUCUAAAAGGCACUGGUUCAAUUGCUGGUGUCGAAGCUGGACCUUCAAAAGCAAUGUCCUUCACAGAUGCAAAGAAACAAAAACUGAUUUCUCCUGACAGUGCUGACAAAUUAUUGGAGGCCCAGGCAGCCACAGGCCACAUCAUUGAUCCUAAAAACAAUCAGACGCUAACAGUAGAAGAGGCAUGUUCCAAAGGAGUAGUGGAUAUAAGAGAUCGAGAUAAAUUAUUAGCAGCAGAAGCAGCUGCUGUGGGCUAUAAAGAUCCUGUUUCUGCUGAGCCACUUGCAGUAUUUGAGGCCAUGAAGAAAGGACUAAUUGACAGUAAGACUGGGUUACGCCUCUUGCAGGCCCAGGAGUCCGUUGGAGGCAUUUUGGAUCCCAUUCGCAGUGUGUUCCUCCCAAAAGAUGAAGCUAUCAAACAUAAGCUUUUGGAUGAAAAGACCUGCAAUGCUUUAAAACAAAGUCCAAAAUCUUACAUUGAUCCAGAAACUGAGCAUGAUGUGAGCUAUGAGGAUUUAAAGGAAAAAUGCACAAUGGAUCCUAAAACAGGCCAGAAACUGCUGAAAGUUUCAGGGAAAAUCAAUCCCUCAGACCUGAUCUUUGAAGGUGUUCGUAAGCCUGUCACAGCAGAGGAGUUACUGGAAUGUGGCAUCCUGGAUAAACCAACAUUCAAUAAACUAAUGAAGGGAAAGAAAACCAUACCAGAGGUUGCUGAGGAAAAGAAGGUCUUUUUAAAGGGCACUGGUUCAAUUGCUGGUGUCAACAUUGGACCUUCAAAGACAAUGACCUUUACAGAGGCAAAGAAACAAAAAUUGAUGUCCCCUGACAGUGCUGACAAGUUAUUGGAGGCCCAGGCAGCCACAGGUCACAUCAUUGACCCUAAGAACAAUGAGAAGCUAACAGUAGAAGAGGCAUGUUCCAAAGGAGUAGUGGAUAUAAGAGAUCGAGACAAAUUAUUGGCAGCAGAAGCAGCUGCUGUGGGCUACAGAGAUCCUACUUCAGCCAAGCCUCUUUCAGUAUUUGAGGCCAUGAAAAAAGGACUGAUUGAAAAUAAGACUGGGCUGCGUUUCUUGCAGGCCCAGGAGUCUGCUGGAGGCAUUUUGGAUCCCAUUCGUAGCGUGUUCCUUCCAAAAGAUGAAGCUAUCAAACGCAAUCUUUUAGAUGAAAACACCCGAAACGCUUUAAAACAAAGUCCAAAAUCUUAUAUUAAUCCAGAAACUGAGGAUGAUGUGACCUAUGAGGAUUUAAAAGAAAAAUGCACCACAGAACCUAAAACAGGCCAGAAACUGCUAAAAGUCUCAGAGAAGCUUGAUCCCUCAAAACUGAUGUUUGAUGGUGUUCGUAAGCCAGUUACAGCAGAGGAGUUACUGGAUUGUGGCAUCCUGGAUAAACCAACAUUUAAUAAACUAAUUAAGGGUGAGAAAACUGUCCCAGAGGUUGCUGAGGAAAAGAAGGUCUUCUUAAAAGGCACUGGGUCAAUUGCUGGUGUGGAAGCGGGACCUUCAAAGGCAAUGUCCUUUACAGAGGCAAAGAAACAAAAACUGAUGUCUCCUGACAGUGCUGACAAGUUACUGGAGGCCCAGGCAGCCACAGGUCACAUCUUGGAUCCUGAGAACAAUCAGGAGCUAACAGUAGAAGAGGCCUGCUCCAAAGGAGUAGUGGAUAUAAGAGAUCGAGACAAAUUAUUGGCAGCAGAAGCAGCUGCUGUGGGCUACAGAGAUCCGACUUCAGCCAAACCUCUUUCAGUAUUUGAGGCCAUGAAGAAAGGACUAAUUGACAGUAAGACAGGUCUGUGUCUCUUGCAGGCCCAAGAGUCCGUUGGAGGUAUUUUGGAUCCCAUUCGCAGCGUGUUCCUCCCGAAAGAUGAAGCUAUCAAACGCAAUCUUUUAGAUGAAAAGACACGAGAUGCUUUAAAACAAAGCCCAAAAUCUUACAUUGAUCCUGAAACUGAGCAUGAUGUGACCUAUGAGGACUUAAAAGAAAAAUGCACAACAGAUUCUAAAACAGGCCAGAAACUGCUAAAAGUCUCAGAGAAGCUCGAUCCUUCAAAACUGAUCUUUGAUGGUGUUCGUAAGCCAGUCACAGCAGAGGAGUUACUGGAUUGUGGCAUCCUGGAUAAACUAACAUUUAACAAAUUAAUAAAGGGUGAGAAAACUGUUCCAGAGGUUGCUGAGGAGAAGAAAGUCUUCCUAAAAGGUACUGGUUCAAUUGCUGGUGUGGAAGCGGGACCUUCAAAGACAAUGUCCUUUACAGAGGCAAAGAAACAAAAACUAAUGCCUCCUGACAGUGCUGACAAGUUAUUGGAGGCCCAGGCAGCUACAGGUCACAUCAUUGAUCCUGAAAACAAUCAGGAGCUAACAGUAGAAGAGGCCUGUUCCAAAGGAGUAGUGGAUAUAAGAGAUCGAGACAAAUUAUUGGCAGCAGAAGCAGCUGCUGUGGGCUACAGAGAUCCUACUUCAGCCAAACCUCUUUCAGUAUUUGAGGCCAUGAAGAAAGGACUAAUCGACAUUAAGACAGGUCUGCGUCUCUUGCAGGCCCAAGAGUCCGUUGGAGGUAUUUUGGAUCCCAUUCGCAGCGUGUUCCUCCCAAAAGAUGAAGCUAUCAAACAUAAUCUUUUGGAUGAAAAGACACGUAAUGCUUUAAAACAAAGUCCAAAAUCUUACAUUGAUCCAGAAACCGAGCAUGGUGUGAGCUAUGAGGAUUUAAAGGCAAAAUGCACAACAGAUCCUAAAACAGGCCAGAAACUGCUAAAAGUCUCAAAGAAGCUUGAUCCCUCAAAACUGAUCUUUGAUGGUGUUCGAAAGCCAGUUACAGCAGAGGAGUUACUGGAUUGUGGCAUCCUGGAUAAACCAACAUUUAAUAAAUUAAUAAAGGGUGAGAAAACUGUUCCAGAGGUUGCUAAGGAAAAGAAGGUCUUCCUAAAAGGUACUGGUUCAAUUGCUGGUGUGGAAGCUGGACCUUCAAAGGCAAUGUCCUUUACAGAGGCAAAGAAACAAAAGCUGAUGUCUCCUGAGAGUGCUGACAAGUUAUUGGAGGCCCAGGCAGCAACAGGUCACAUCAUUGACCCUAAGAACAAUCAGGAGCUAACAGUAGAAGAGGCCUGUUCCAAAGGAGUAGUGGAUGUAAGAGAUCGAGACAAAUUAUUGGCAGCAGAAGCAGCUGCUGUGGGCUACAGAGUCCCUACUUCAGCCAAGCCUCUUUCAGUAUUUGAGGCCAUGAAGAAAGGACUAAUUGACAGUAAGACAGGUCUGCGUCUCUUGCAGGCCCAGGAGUCUGCUGGAGGCAUUUUGGAUCCCAUUCACAGCGUGUUCCUCCCGAAAGAUGAAGCUAUCAAACGCAAUCUUUUAGAUGAAAAGACAUGUAAUGCUUUAAAACAAAGUCCAAAAUCUUACAUUGAUCCCGAAACUGAGCAUGAUGUGACCUAUGAGGACUUAAAGGAAAAAUGCACCACAGAACCUAAAACAGGCCAGAAACUGCUAAAAGUCUCAGAGAAGCUCGAUCCUUCAAAACUGAUCUUUGAUGGUGUUCGUAAGCCAGUCACAGCAGAGGAGUUACUGGAUUGUGGCAUCCUGGAUAAACCAACAUUUAACAAAUUAAUAAAGGGUGAGAAAACUGUCCCAGAGGUUGCUGAGGAAAAGAAAAUCUUCCUAAAAGGCACUGGUUCAAUUGCUGGUGUGGAAGCGGGACCUUCAAAGACGAUGUCCUUCACAGAGGCAAAGAAACAAAAUCUAAUGCCUCCUGACAGUGCUGACAAGUUAUUGGAGGCCCAGGCAGCUACAGGUCACAUCAUUGAUCCUGAAAACAAUCAGGGGCUAACAGUAGAAGAGGCAUGUUCCAAAGGAGUAGUGGAUAUAAGAGAUCGAGACAAAUUAUUGGCAGCAGAAGCAGCUGCUGUGGGCUACAGAGAUCCUACUUCAGCCAAACCUCUUUCAGUAUUUGAGGCCAUGAAGAAAGGACUAAUUGACAGUAAGACAGGUCUGCGUCUCUUGCAGGCCCAAGAGUCCGUUGGAGGUAUUUUGGAUCCCAUUCGCAGCGUGUUCCUCCCAAAAGAUGAAGCUAUCAAACACAAUCUUUUGGAUGAAAAGACACGUAAUGCUUUAAAACAAAGUCCAAAAUCUUACAUUGAUCCAGAAACCGAGCAUGAUGUGAGCUAUGAGGAUUUAAAGGCAAAAUGCACAACAGAUCCUAAAACAGGCCAGAAACUGCUAAAAGUCUCAAAGAAGCUUGAUCCCUCAAAACUGAUCUUUGAUGGUGUUCGAAAGCCAGUUACAGCAGAGGAGUUACUGGAUUGUGGCAUCCUGGAUAAACCAACAUUUAAUAAAUUAAUAAAGGGUGAGAAAACUGUUCCAGAGGUUGCUAAGGAAAAGAAGGUCUUCCUAAAAGGUACUGGUUCAAUUGCUGGUAUGGAAGCUGGACCUUCAAAGGCAAUGUCCUUUACAGAGGCAAAGAAACAAAAGCUGAUGUCUCCUGAGAGUGCUGACAAGUUAUUGGAGGCCCAGGCAGCAACAGGUCACAUCAUUGACCCUAAGAACAAUCAGGAGCUAACAGUAGAAGAGGCCUGUUCCAAAGGAGUAGUGGAUGUAAGAGAUCGAGACAAAUUAUUGGCAGCAGAAGCAGCUGCUGUGGGCUACAGAGUCCCUACUUCAGCCAAGCCUCUUUCAGUAUUUGAGGCCAUGAAGAAAGGACUAAUUGACAGUAAGACAGGUCUGCGUCUCUUGCAGGCCCAAGAGUCCGUUGGAGGUAUUUUGGAUCCCAUUCGCAGCGUGUUCCUCCCAAAAGAUGAAGCUAUCAAACACAAUCUUUUGGAUGAAAAGACACGUAAUGCUUUAAAACAAAGUCCAAAAUCUUACAUUGAUCCAGAAACCGAGCAUGAUGUGAGCUAUGAGGAUUUAAAGGCAAAAUGCACAACAGAUCCUAAAACAGGCCAGAAACUGCUAAAAGUCUCAAAGAAGCUUGAUCCCUCAAAACUGAUCUUUGAUGGUGUUCGAAAGCCAGUUACAGCAGAGGAGUUACUGGAUUGUGGCAUCCUGGAUAAACCAACAUUUAAUAAAUUAAUAAAGGGUGAGAAAACUGUUCCAGAGGUUGCUAAGGAAAAGAAGGUCUUCCUAAAAGGUGCUGGUUCAAUUGCUGGUAUGGAAGCUGGACCUUCAAAGGCAAUGUCCUUUACAGAGGCAAAGAAACAAAAGCUGAUGUCUCCUGAGAGUGCUGACAAGUUAUUGGAGGCCCAGGCAGCAACAGGUCACAUCAUUGACCCUAAGAACAAUCAGGAGCUAACAGUAGAAGAGGCCUGUUCCAAAGGAGUAGUGGAUGUAAGAGAUCGAGACAAAUUAUUGGCAGCAGAAGCAGCUGCUGUGGGCUACAGAGUCCCUACUUCAGCCAAGCCUCUUUCAGUAUUUGAGGCCAUGAAGAAAGGACUAAUUGACAGUAAGACAGGUCUGCGUCUCUUGCAGGCCCAAGAGUCUGCUGGAGGCAUUUUGGAUCCCAUUCACAGCGUGUUCCUCCCGAAAGAUGAAGCUAUCAAACGCAAUCUUUUAGAUGAAAAGACAUGUAAUGCUUUAAAACAAAGUCCAAAAUCUUACAUUGAUCCCGAAACUGAGCAUGAUGUGACCUAUGAGGACUUAAAGGAAAAAUGCACCACAGAUCCUAAAACAGGCCAGAAACUGCUGAAAGUCUCUGACAAGAUCAAUCCCGCAAACCUGAUCUUUGAUGGUGUUCGUAAACCAGUCACAGCAGAGGAGUUACUGGAUUGUGGCAUCCUGGAUAAACCAACAUUUAAUAAACUAAUUAAGGGUGAGAAGACAGUUCAAGAAGUUUCUGAGGAAAAGAAAGUCUUCUUAAAGGGGACUGGAUCAAUUGCUGGUGUAGAAGCGGGACCUUACGGAGCAAUAUCCUUUACAGAAGCAAAGAAAAGGAAAAUUUUGUCACCUGAUAGUGCUGACAUGUUAUUGGAGGCUCAGGCAGCCACAGGUUACAUAAUUGACCCUAAAAACAACCAGAAGUUAACAGUAGAGGAUGCAUGUUCCAAAGGAUUAGUGGAUAUAAGAGAUCGGGAUAAAUUACUGGCAGCAGAGGCAGCUGCUGUGGGCUACAAAGAUCCUACUUCACCCAAGCCUCUUUCGGUAUUUGAGGCCAUGAAGAAAGGAAUAAUUAACAAUAAAACUGCACUACGUUUGUUGCAAGCACAGGAGUCAUCUGGAGGCAUUGUGGAUCCCAACCUCAGUGUUUUCUUCCCUAAAAAUGAAGCAAUUAAACGCAGUCUUUUAGAUGAAAACACUCACAAAACAUUAAAACAAAGUCCAAAAUGUUACAUUGAUCCAGAAACUGAGCAUGAUGUGACCUAUGAGGAUUUAAAACAAAAAUGCACAACAGAUCCUAAAACAGGUCAGAAACUGUUACAAGUCACUGACAAGAUCGAUCCAUCCAAACUGAUCUUUGAAGCCCUUCGUAAGCCAGUCACAGCCCAACAGUUACUGGAUUGUGAAAUCCUGGAUAAACCAACAUUUAACCAACUAACAAAGGGGCAGAAAAGUGUCCCAGAGGUUUCUGAAGAAAAGAAGGAUUAUCUGAAGGGGACAGGUUCAAUUGCUGGUGUUGUCGCUGGACCUUCAAAGAAAAUGUCCUUCACAGAGGCAAAGAAACAAAAACUGAUGUCUCCUGACAGUGCUGACAAGUUAUUGGAGGCCCAGGCAGCCACAGGACACAUCAUUGACCCUCAAAACAAUCAGAAGCUAACAGUAGAGGAAGCAUGUGCCAAAAGAGUUGUGGAUGUUAGAGACAGAGACAAACUACUAGCAGCAGAGGCAGCUGCUGUGGGCUACAAAGACCCUACUUCAGCCAAGCCUCUUUCAAUAUUUGAGGCCAUGAAGAAAGGAUUAAUUGACAAUAAGACUGCAUUACGUCUUUUACAGGCCCAGGAGUCUGUUGGAGGUAUUUUGGAUCCGGAACUCAGUUUGUUCCUGCCCAAAGAUACAGCUAUUAAGCGCAAACUUUUGGAUGAUAAGACUCAGAAUGCUUUAAAGCAGAGCCCUAAAUGUUACAUCGAUCCAGAAACUGAACAUGACAUCAGUUAUGAGGAUUUAAAGAAAAAAUGCACAACAGAUCCUCACACAGGCCAGAAACUGUUACAUGUCCCUGAGAAGAUUGAUCCCUCAAAAGUGACAUUUGAAGCUGUUCGCAAACCAGUCACAGCAGAGGAGUUACUGGAUUGUGGAAUCCUGGAUAAACAAACGUUUAACAAAGUGACAAAGGGGGAGAAAGCUGUCCCAGAGAUUUCUAAGGAAAAGAAGGACUUCUUACAGGGGACUGGAUCAAUUGCUGGUGUGAUAGCUGGGGGUUCAAGGAUAAUGUCUCUGACAGAGGCGAAGAAACAGAAAAUUAUAUCUCCUGAUAGUGCUGACUUGCUGUUACAGGCCCAGGCAGCCACAGGUUACAUCAUUGACCCCAAAAACAAUCAGAAGCUAACUGUAGAAGAUGCAUGUACCAGAGGAGUAGUGGAUAUAAGAGAUCGAGACAAAUUAUUGGCAGCAGAGGCAGCUGCUGUGGGCUACAAAGAUCCUACCUCAGCCAAACCUCUUUCAGUAUUUGAGGCCAUGAAGAAAGGACUAAUUGACAAUAAGACUGGGCUGCGUCUCUUGCAGGCCCAGGAAUCUUCUGGAGGCAUUCUGGAUCCCAUUCUCAGUGUGUACCUCCCCCAUGACACAGCUGUUAAGCGCAAACUUUUGGAUGAAAAUACUAAGAAAUCUUUAAAACAGAGUCCAAAGUGUUACAUCGAUCCAGAAACUGAGCAAGAUGUCAGCUAUGUGGCUUUAAAGGAAAAAUGCACAACAGAUGUUCACACAGGCCAGAAACUGUUGCAAGUCUCUGAGAAGAUUGAUCCCUCAAAACUGGUUUUUGAUGGUGUUUGUAAGCCAGUCACAGCAGAACAGUUGCUUGACUAUGGGGUCCUUGAUAAACCAACAUUAAACCAACUAAGAAAGGGGGAGAAAAGUAUCCAAACAUUUUCUGAGGAAAAGAAAGUCUAUUUAAAGGGCACUGGCUCCAUUGCUGGUGUUGUAGCUGGACAGUCAAGGAUAAUGUCCUUUACAGAGGCAAAAAAACAGAAAAUUCUGUCUCCUGAAAGUGCUGAUAUGCUAUUGGAGGCCCAGGCAGCCACAGGUCAGAUCAUUGAUCCCAGAAAUAACCAGAGGCUAACAGUAACACAGGCAUGUACCAAAGGUCUAGUUGAUGUAAGAGAUCGAGACAAAUUAUUGGCGGCAGAGGCAGCUGCUGUAGGCUACAAACACCCUACCUCAGCCAAACCUCUUUCAGUAUUUGAGGCCACAAAGAAAGGAAUAAUUGACAGUAAGACUGCACUACGUCUUCUGCAGGCACAGGAAUCUGUUGGAGGCAUUUUGGAUCCCAAUCUCAGUGUAUUCCUCCCUAAAGAUGAAGCUAUAAAACACAAUCUUUUAGAUGAAAACAUUCGCAAAGCUUUAAAAGAAAGUCCAAAAUGUUACAUUGAUCCAGAAACUGAGAACCAUGUCAGCUAUGAGGAUUUAAAGAAAAAAUGCUUGACAGAUCCUAAAACAGGCCAGAAAUUGUUACAAGUCUGUGAGAAGAUUGAUCCUUCAAAACUGAUCUUUGAUGGCAUUCGUAAGCCAGUGACUGCAGAGCAGUUAUUGAAUUGUGGGCUUCUGGAUAUAUCAACAUUUAACCAACUAAUAAAUGGAGAGAAAACUGUUCAAGAGGUGUCUGUGAAAAUUAAGGAUUUUCUCCAGGGGACAGCCACAGUUGGUGGUGUUGCAGCUGGGCCUUCAAGGAUAAUUUCCUUAACAGAAGCAAAGAAACAGAAAGUUUUGUCUCCUGAUAGUGUUGACCUGUUAUUGGAGGCUCAGGCAGCCACAGGUCAGAUCUUUGACACUAAAACCAAUCAGAAAUUAACAAUAGAGGAGGCAUGCACCAGGGGUAUUUUGGAUAUGAAAGAUCGGAAUAAAUUACUGGUAGCUGAGGCAGCUGCGGUCGGCUACAAAGAUCCUACAUCAUCCAAGCUUCUUUCAGUUUUUGAGGCCAUGAAGAAGGGAAUAAUUGACAGCCAAACUGGGCUACGUCUACUGCAGGCCCAGGUGUAUGUCGGAGGAAUUUUGGAUCCCAAUUUUAGUGUGUUCCUCCCCACAGAUGCAGCUAUUAAACGCAAUAUUUUGGAUGAAAGCACCUGGAUCAUUUUAAGGAAGAAUCCUAAAUGUUACAUUGAUCCAUUCUCUGGGCAGGAUAUCAGCUACAUGGCCUUGAUGGAAAAAUGCCAGACAGAUCCUCACACUGGCCAGAAAGUGUUUAAAGCGUGGGUGGAGAGUGAUUCCUCCAAACUGAUCUUUGAUGGUAUUCAUAACCCAGUCACUGCACAACAGUUAUUGGAUUGUGGCAUCUUGGAUAAGUCAACAUUUAACCAACUCAUGAAGGGAGAGAAAACUGUCAAAGAGGUGUCGAUAGAUAAACAAGUAUUUCUCAAAGGAACAGGCUCCAUUGCUGGUAUUGCAGGUGGACCAUUAAAGAAAAUGUCAUUUCAAGAGGCAAAGAAACAGAAUAUCAUAUCCCCUGAAAGUGCUUGCAUGCUAAUGGAAGCCCAGGCAGCCACGGGUCAGAUCAUUGACCCUACAACAAAGCAGAAACUGACAGUAAAAGAAGCAUGCGCCAUAAGAGGACUGGAUGACAAAGAUAAGUCAAGGUUGGUUGUAGCUGAGGCUGCUGCUACUGGAUUUAAAGACCCACAUUCUGCCAAUAUCCUGUCAGCUGGCCAGGCCAUGAGGAAAGGAUUAAUUGAUAAACAAACAACCUUGCGAUUGCUUCAGGCCCAAGAGGCUGCAGGGGGUAUUUUGGACCCUGUCCUUGGUGUCUUCCUCCCGAAAGAUGUUGCAAGGCAUCGAAAUCUCAUAGAUGAGGACCUAUACCAGGCACUGAAUCAGUGUCCUGAAUGCUAUGUGGAUCCAGACACCCAACAAUUGACUAGUUAUGUGUCUCUUAAGAAAAAAUGUAAGGUAGAUCAAAGCACAGGACUUUUACUUCUUCCUGAACCAGAAAAUCUGAAGAAAGUAACUGUCCAGGGGCUUCGGAGCCAGGUGUCAGUCACAGAUUUAGUUGACGCAAACCUACUGAAACAAUCUGAUGUAGAGCUACUGAUGAGUGGCAAAUUGACAAGCCAAGAUGUUGAGGACCGCUUGCGUUCUUACUUAAGGGGUUCAGCCUGUAUAGCAGGAGUUUAUGAUGAGGCCAGUGAUAAGGUGAUGCCUCUUUACCAUGCCAUGAAGGCUGGUCUGCUGCGACCAGGUACAACUUUGGAACUGCUUGAAGCACAAGCUGCAUCAGGUUUUAUCAUUGAUCCUGUCAACAAUGAUUACCUAACUGUAAGUGAUGCCUACAGUAAAAAAUUGUUUGGGCCAGAGUUCAAGGACAAGCUGCUCUCAGCGGAGAGGGCUGUAACUGGUUACAAACUGCGUGGCACAGACGAAGUCCUCUCCCUUUUUGAGGCCAUAGAGAGAGGUGUUAUUGAGAAAGGCCAUGGCAUCCGUCUACUCGAGGCUCAGAUUGCAAGUGGUGGCAUCAUUGAUCCUAAACAUAGCCACCGCAUUGAUGUGGAAGUAGCCUAUCAAAAAGGUUACUUUAAUGAGGAAAUGAAUGAGAUUCUGACUUACGAAGGAGAUGACACUAAAGGCUUCUUUGAUCCAAACACACAAGAAAACCUAACAUAUCUGGAACUUCAGAAACGAUGCAUUGCAGAUAAAAAGACUGGCCUUACGCUCCUGCCAAUCCUGGACAAGAAAAAGCAUGAGUCAACUCUGAAGAACACUCUGAGAAAGAGGAGAGUCAUAAUUGUGGACCCAGAGACUAACAGAGAGAUGACUGUACAUGAAGCAUAUAGCAAAGGCUACAUUGACCAUGAAACCUUUCUGGAGCUGUCUCAGCAGGAGUGUGAAUGGGAAGAGAUCACAAUCACAGAUCCAGAUGGUUCCACCCGGCUUGUUAUUGUUGACAGAAAGACUGGGAGAGAGUAUGAGAUCAGUGAACUACUUGAACGAGGAGUAAUUGAUCAAACCAUUUUGGAUCAGUAUCGCUCACGCACCAUCACCCUUACUCAAUUUGCAGAUAUCAUCAGUGAUAAGACCAAAUUUGGAUCAAUGUCUGCUACAAAAUCAUCAAUAGCCCCAAGCACAUCUUCAUUGACAUCUUCCACAUUUAUUUCAAGUUCAGCAUCCAUCGGUACAUCAUCCCCAGUAUUUACUUCAGGAGAUUCAGCAUCAAUGGGUACAUCUACAAUGACAUCUUCACAGUUUACUUCAUCAAACCAAGCUUCCUCAGUUACCCCUUCAAUGACAUCUUCAUCAUCUGUUGUGUCAAGAUCUUUGUCACCUACUCUUACUAAAAUGACCACAAUGAAAACUACCACAGUAAGAGAGCAAAGCACUUCAUUUAGUACAGUGGGACAGGACUCACCAGACUCCCGUAAGCACAUAUCCAGUAUUUCAAUAUCUCUGGCCUCCCCUGUUGAAACAGUAGGUGAACAGAACCCUGUGGGUGCCAUUUUUGAUACAGAGACUCUAGAGAAGAUAUCCAUUACUGAGGCUCUAAACCGUGGACUGUUGGAUUUGAUCUCUGCUCAAAGGCUACUAGAGGCCCAGGCCUGCACUGGAGGAAUAAUUGAUCCUGCAACUGGCCGUAAGGUCAGCAUCCAAGAGGCGUCCCGCUUGGGCUUAAUAACAGGUGACAUGGCCACCAAGCUUAAGCCUGCCCAAAAAGCAUACUUUGGCUUUGAAGAUGUUAAAACGAGGAAGAAGUUGUCUGCUGCUGAAGCAAUAAAGGAGAUGUGGCUUCCAUAUGAGGCAGGCCAAAGAUUCAUGGAGUACCAGUUUGUAACAGGUGGGCUUUAUGACCCAGAAAUGGGUUGCAGAAGAAACAUAGAAGAUGCUUUGAGAAUGGGCUGGUUGGAUGGAAGAACAGCUCAGAAGCUCCAAGACACCAAAAACCACACAAAGAACUUAACAUGCCCCAAGAGCAAACUCAAGAUCUCUUACAAGGAAGCUCUCGACAGUUGCCUAGUGGAGGAAGACACGGGGGUGAAAAUGCUCCAAGCGUCAUCAGUAUCCUCCAGAGGUAUCAGCAGUCCUUAUAAUGUCUCAUCUGCCCCGGGAUCUGCUACAGGCUCCAGAAGUGGCUCACGACGAAGCUCCCGCAGAAGCAGUGUGGACCUUGGAUCCCCCUCCUCCACAGUAGUCACUCGCUUCACUUACAGCAGCUUCAGCAGCUUUUCAUCCCAUAGAUAAGCCAAGACAGAGAACCUUCUUUUUGCAAAAAAAAAAAAAAAAAAAAAAAAAAGUUAGAAAAACUGAAU